AGCCCUCGACCACCUUUAGAUAACUUCUUCGUCCAGAAUUGCUAAGGCACCGAAGCAACACCUUUUUUCUACCGAGACCCUCGAGUGACCGCUGAAGGGAUGUUUGACGCCACUGGGUCCUUCCAUGCACUAUGGAACAAUACUCAUCUGACAAUUGCCAUCGCCCUCACCAGCUAUAUGACACUGGUUGGGCUUCUUCGGUACCGCCGUAUGGCAAAGAUUAAGGCCCCGUUCACCCCUGGCAAGAGACAAUUAUCGAGCAUGACGGUCAAAGAAGCGCAUGGAAUUAUGGCCCAGUUACAAGAGCUCGAGUUUCCAUAUGCUUUUUCCAAGGCUCGUCAAAUUGCUCUACUUAAGGCCGGAGGUAUCCCGACCAUGUCCAAGCUUUUCGCAGUUACAGGCCAAAACAAUAGGCGUAAUGCAGGGAAGCGCGCUGUUGACACGGAAAUCCUUCUACGAGAGGCGCAGUCCAAGCCCCGAGAUUCUGAUCGCUAUGCGUCAGCCGUGGCGAGAAUGAAUUAUCUCCAUGACCGUUACCGUCAUGCCAACAAAAUAACCGAUAAUGAUCUCCUCCAUACUUUAGGUGAUGGUCUCGCCGAGAUCCUGAAUGUCAUUGAAAGAGAAGAAUGGCGCAAGCUUACUGACGUUGAGAAAUGUGCCCUCGGUAUCUUUCACAAGAACUUGGGAGAGGAUAUGGGAAUUCCGUUUGACCCGCUUCCUUCGAAAGAAAAAGGCUGGAAAGAUGGCCUGCACUUCGCGAUGGAACUGAGUGACUGGACAGUCCACUAUGAAGAAGAAGUCGCAAAGCCGACGGCAACGAACGAUCAGUACGUCAGAGUCUAUGUUGAUUCGGCGGUUUCUUCGCUUCCUAGCUUCAUCAGAACAACUGUGCGACAGAUUCUGGGUGCUGACUUGGACAAUGUCAUGAGGAUAAGCCUUUGCCUUGAGUCUCCUGGCCCAAUCCUCUCCCUCAUACUGGCCCUCAUCCGAAACUCACGAAAAUUAUUUCUUCGAUACCUUGCACUCCCACGUCCCUCUUCCCGUGCCGUCAAGCUGGUGCACGACACGCCAAAUCCCGAGACUCAUCUAUACAAUUUCGAAAGAAAGAGCCUGCAACCAUGGUAUGUCCAACCUACCUUCUGGUCAAAAUGGGGGCCCGGGGCGUUCCUGGUUAGAGCAUUUGGAGGGAAACUACCCGGUUCGCGCGGAGACCGGUAUAAUCCACAUGGAUACAGCUUGAUGACUAUCGGGCCCAGACCACAGAAGGGGAAGGGAGUGGAGGAGAUGAAGUCAGAUAUCGAGGUGAUCAAGGCGAGAGGUGUGGCUACAUGUCCGUUCUCAAAUGCAAAAGCUGAGAACUUUGAGUGAGGUUGUUGACUAUACACCAUCCUGAGAGCUCGUCAAGAUCAAUGGAGCAUCUACAAGAAUGUUGGUGGUUGAGCUUAACUCGCGACCUAACAAGCGGAUAUGCCUCUCAUACAUCCAUUGUGAUAUUUUCGGGGAACGCUAGAGUCUGUUCUUCAUCUGGGAUAUCUACAGUCCAGAGAACAGGAAUGUCGGCUCGCUCGUAGGAGCUUCCUUCUGCUUUAGCUCGCCUUCCUCUGUGAACAGUCUACCAGCUAUAGUUAUACAUCAAUUCAAAAUUAUACUACGAUAG